AAACUUCCCCUAAACAUCGCCCAUUGUUCCCUAGCUCCCAUUAGCUUUCCGCACUCAACAAGCAGCAAAAAAGGAAUGGGUUUUCUUGAUCAUCUAUCAAACUUUUUUUAUGCUAAUAAGAGCAGAAGGAAGUACAAGCGUAGACUCAUGCAGACAGUUGACAUCAAAGUAAAAAUAGAUUGCGACGGAUGCGAAAGAAAGGUUAAGAAAGCAGCUUCUUCCCUCAAGGGAGCGAGAUCAGUGGAGGUAAAUAGAAAGCAAAACAGGUUGACAGUAACAGGUUAUGUGGAUCGAAAUAAGGUGUUGAGGAAAAUUGAACGCACGGGUAAAAAGGCAGAGUUCUGGCCCUAUGUGAAGUAUGAUUUGGUAUCUAACCCUUAUGCCCCUGGAGCUUAUGACAAGAAGGCUCCAUCUGGUUUUGUGAGGAAUGUUCACAAUGCUAAUCUCCCAAACCCUAACACUGAUCCCUUCACCUCUAUGUUUAGUGAUGAAAAUCCCAACUCUUGUUCACUCAUGUAAAAGCUUCAAAUACUCCUCUCAACAGCAUGGGAGAUUCCACAUUUCAAACAAUGUAUCCAAGCAUUACUAUGUCAAAGUGUAUGAGUUAA